AUAAAGAAAGACAGGAUGUGUCCUCGUCCCUCCAGAGCUCCAGUCGUCAUCCUGUCACUCCAUCAGACAGAGGAAGCCAAUCACAGUAUGGUGGGUCUGAAGCCGUCAGAUGUUCCUCCUCCUCUGGGCGUGAAGGUUCUCAGCGCAGGAACAGCCGCCUGCAUCGCUGAUUUAGUCACCUUCCCUCUGGACACCGCAAAAGUGCGGCUACAGAUCCAGGGAGAGAAAGCGGCGACGGGCGCAGCUAAAGGCAUCCAGUACAGAGGGGUGUUUGGGACCAUCAGCACCAUGGUGAGAACAGAGGGGCCGCGCUCACUCUACAACGGCCUGGUCGCCGGUCUUCAGAGACAGAUGGCCUUCGCUUCCAUACGAAUCGGCCUCUACGACAGCGUCAAGAGCUUCUACACGCGCGGCAAAGACAACCCCAACGUGGGCAUCAGGAUCCUGGCGGGCUGCACCACCGGAGCGUUGGCCGUGUCCGUGGCUCAGCCCACAGAUGUGGUGAAGGUGCGCUUCCAGGCCCAGAUGAAGCUGCAGGGGGUGAGCAGACGCUACAGCGGCACAAUGCAGGCCUACAGACAGAUCUUCCAGCACGAGGGGCUCCGGGGAUUGUGGAAAGGAACUCUCCCCAACACACUUAAUUUCAGUAAUAUUUAUUGGUGUUUCUGCCUCCCAGACAAUCUUCCGUGUCAUUUCGUGUCUGCGUUCGGAGCGGGUUUCAUCACGACAGUGAUCGCGUCUCCUGUGGAUGUGGUGAAGACACGCUACAUGAACUCUCCUCCCGGACAGUACCGCAGCUCCCUCAACUGCGCCUGGACCAUGAUGACCAAAGAGGGCCCAACCGCCUUCUACAAAGGGUUCGUUCCGUCUUUCCUGCGGCUGGGCUCCUGGAACGUGGUGAUGUUCGUGUCGUUCGAGCAGCUCAAGCGGGCCAUGAUGAUGUCCAGGAGCAGAAUCGAGGCCACCACCUAGAUCUUCACCUCAGACCGAAAUCCUUUCAAACUCACAUGAGCGGCUGUUUCAGACUCCUCUGACCGGACGAGAACCGGAGCAGCUUCCAGUUUCACACUUCCGCUUCGGAAGUUCAACAGAACGGGAUGCAUCAGUGAGAAUCUGACAGAAACAUCAGAACCGGAUCAUGACUGUCAUCUUUUCUCCUUCACUGUAAAGAACGGCUGCUCAUACAACGCACAAAUUUAAAUGAGAGGAUCUUCUGAACCCCCUUGAUGUCUUAAUGUACAUAAUGUUUAUGUAAUAUUUAUAUUUCCUCAUUUUUUAAGCAAUUAGUGCUUUGUUUAAAGCAGCUAUUUACCUUAAAGUCUCUUUAACCCUGAAUAUCCAUCACAUAACCCUGGAAUGACCUAGAAAGUGAGAUUGCCUCAUAACUGGAAACUUAUAAAGAUAAAGAUAAGCACACAUGCUUCAAUAAAACACCUUUAUACUA